CUAACCCUUAGACCAAGUAUGUCUUGGAUUAGCACAGUAUUCUCUUGUCAGAAGGGGUUAAAUCUCCUCAAAGAUACUCAGAAAUGGUAAAAGACAUUAUUUUUGAGAUCAUCGAUGUCUUUAGCUGCUCAGUGAUUCUUUCAUUCAUGAAGUUGUACUCAGGAGUACUAGCUCGAACGGUCGUCUUUGGAGGUAUCUUUUUACAUCCAUCUAUUGCAUCCCUAUAUAGUCCAUAUCUGGAAGAAGAAAAAUUCAGAAAUUGAUGAUAAGAAGUAUGUAUUUGGGGACCCUGAAAGAGCUGCUCAUUGGAGGAUUCUGAUUUGUACUCGGAUUUUAGUUAUUGGCAUUGUCUUCAGACUAUAUUAUUCCACUUGACCCUAGUGCUCCAGCUGGAGAUCCUUCUGCUUUAUCAUUUCCUUAUGAUUGAUAUCCCACCCUAGGUGUUAUUCUCAGAUAGCAUACAGCAAGGGUUCUUUGGCUAGGCUCAGCCAAAGUUCCUGCUGCUCUCCAUCCUGGUGGUCGCACUCAUCUAUGGGGAUCCGCACAGGAUUUAAUGUGCAGAUGCUGGAUUAUUUCCCUCCCAGUAUUACAGCGAGGGGUCUAUGUGAUAGAGUUCUUUAUUUGCCGAGCUAAAGGGGUCCUACUUUGACUGAAUAGACCUCCUUCUUUUAUACCCUAUAUUGGGCUGAAGAGCUGGGAAGUUUU